AAACACGUGGAUUAAAAAUAAUUUUUUAAUUAUAACAAUUGUCCAAUUGACGCGGGAAAAAAAUAAAAUGAAUUCUAAUUUAGUAAUGCCUAUUUGCGAUGACUAUAUUCCACCAAAUACAGUUUAUGUUCCAACAACAACAUAUAAUUCAUCAUCUUCUAUUGACUUCUCUUUCAUAAGUACAAGAUACGGUUCACUAAAACUAUUACAACAGUUGUUUAUCUGUUUUGGAACAAUAACAUUUAUUUGGGGAGUAACAGAUUUACCAAAUGUAAUAACACCGACAAUGUUAAUUGGUUUCUUUCUUUAUUUAUUUUUAAUAUCCACAUUAUUACCUGUUGUACACGUUUUAAUGUGGUUCUAUAUACUUCAUAAAGUCGAAAAAUACAGCAAGUAUCCAUGGUAUGCAAUUAAAAGCAGAAUGCAGAAUUCAGCAUCAUCAUCAACAAGAAAUACUCGCGAUCUCAAUCGUCAAAUAAUUCGACUCGAUUGUUCAUAUUUUAUGACAACACGUGGAUUAUUAAAACUUUUCGAGCAGAUAUUCACUGUAGUGGCUGCUGUUUCAUUUUUCUUUUCCUGUACUUUUCAUUACCAUUGUGAUCUUUCGUAUAAAGGAAUAAAUUUGAAUCUUCCUAAGGAAAUUAAAUUGGUUAUGUCACUUGGCUAUGUUUUUUAUAGACUGGCACCUUAUGCCUUAGGCUGUAGUGUAAAUUUUUUAAUGUUAUUAUAUUUAUUUCAUAUUGUUGAGAGAUAUAACACAAUACCUUGGUAUACGAUUGAAUAUAUUGUGUGUGCAAUAUGCGCCAUCUUAAGUAUUGUUUGCGCAACAUUGGCAAUUUUAGUUUGUUCGGAUUUGAAUAAAUUUAAUUAUCAAGUGGAUGAUACAUUCAUUGUAGCAGCUUGCUUUUCAUGUGGAGCUACAAUUCUAUUUAUUUGGGACAUUAUAUUGAUAUACCUGAGACAAAAGAAAAAAAUGUCACCUCAAGAAUAAAAAAAAAGUCCUAUGAGAUAAACAUUUUAAGUUUGAGGCAAAGUUGCGAACAUUGCAUUGUAAGCUUAAUGCAAUAUUUCUGCAAGAAAUAACUAACUGCGGUUAGUUUCGAGAAUAUUCGACUGUCACAAAUGAAUUGACGCCUAACAAUGGUCUUAACAUCUAUGAGACCGGUUUUAUUAAAAGACUGCGGACUACCUGCCUGCGAGAAUUAGAGAGGACCCUUCAGUAAUUUUAGUACAACUCGAAAACUAUUUAUUGUAUUUACUUAAAAUUUUUAGGGAAUAUUUUCAAGACAUAUUAUUAGAGAUAGGUUUCAAAUUUUUCAAUAGUGAAUAAUAAAUUCCUCAUUUUCCGUAUUAUUCGUCAUUAUACCGAAAAUUCAUCAUAAAAUAAAUGUUAACAAUACUUUCACUUGA